UCAUUAGUUCUUGGAUGUUGUUGGCUGUGCUGCGGGUUGCAGUUGUAAGUUCCAAGACUUCAAAACUUUCAAUUUACACAUUAUUUGUUUAACAGCCAUAGAACUUUAUAGCAUCGUGAUGCGAUGUUUAAAACACAUGAUAAACGUGUGUCCAUGAGCUUUCGCAGCUAUGUGGGUUUUAAUGAUCAAGAAAACAAGGAUGUGGACAUUGGAUUGGAAGAGAAUUUUGACGAAACGUUGAAUACUCGACUACUUGCAGGCGAAGCAGUUGUUGCUGAAGCACAAAAUGUCCUAAUGUUUGCACCUCUCAGUGAGAAAAAGGGUAAAUCUGGUAUUCUGACUGUCACAAAUUUCAAGUUGUCAUUUGUUACAACUGAAGAAAGGCCCCGAGAUGAGCGAGGCCUGCAGGAAAAUCUUCUCCUUGGUGAAUAUGAUGUUUGCUUGGCAAAUGUGGAUGAAAUAUACCAAAUGAUAGACAAAGACAAGCGCAGGAAAAUGAUGCCUGGAAACAACAUCUCUGGCAAAGUUAAAGGCCUCUAUAUAGUGUGUAAAAACAUGAGGGUCAUUCAGUUCAGCUUUAAAUUUUCCCCUGUUGGCCAUGGCAAAACAUUAACAAACGCUUUGUUACAUCAUGCCUUCCCAAGAAAGCACCAUCUUCUCUUUGCUUAUGAUUUUAGAGAACGUUAUUACAAUAGUCAAGGACCAGUAACCAUGUUCAAUGAAAAGAAGGAUUGGGAGAAGGAAAUUCGUAGAACAGGCGCUGUUGGAUGGAAAUUAUCAGAUGUUAACCAAGGCUUCCAACUAUCAACCAGCUUGCCCCAGUGUUUGGUUGUCCCAGAUGCUCUCGUUGAUUACCAGUUGACGGAAGCAGCGCGGCAUUUUCGCUGCAACCGGCCACCAACUUGGUGCUGGAGCUCAAGUCAUGGUGCAGCGUUAGUUCGUAUGGCUGAUCUGUUGCCCACAAUCACUGAUAGUAGAAUGCUGGUCAUUCAACCAUCAGUUAUUCGACAUUCCGGCUUGUCGAACAUCAUCCCUGAAACAAGGACUCCAGAAAACAUUAUGCUGGAAAACGUUCGGAAAGGACACCCUCAGAGGACGCAGCCUGAACUCAUGGAGCUGACACAGGAUCUGCCAUCACCCAAAGAUGUUUAUGGUAGUUAUUGCAAGCUGCGUGAUCUCUGUACUCCUGAUAAUGUACGUCAGUUUUGGAUUCAGGACAACCACUUCCUGUCACAAGUGGAGAGUUCAAAGUGGCUUACAACUGUUUCUGCAUGUCUUACCAAGGCUGCCAAGGCUGCUACUUUUCUUCAGGACAAUAUAACUGUUGUUCUUCAGGAAGCAGAUGGGAGAGAUAUGUCAUGCUUGAUAUCCUCUUUGACUCAACUUCUGGUUGAUGCACACUUUAGAACGAUCUUAGGUUUCCAGACACUUCUUCAGAAAGAAUGGAUUGCUAUGGGACACCCUUUCUGCUCACGUCUUGGCCAUAUUUUAAAUCCAGAAGUGCAACAGUCACCCAUUUUGCUUUUGUUCUUGGACUGUGUUUGGCAACUUUUGCGUCAGUUCCCAUCAGCCUUUGAGUUUACUGAAACUUAUCUUACUACACUGUGGGAUUGUGCUCAUAUCACUGUAUUUGACACAUUUCUUUUCGACUGUGAACAUGAAAGACAAAAUGCAAGCCAGGAUCAGAGCAAGAAAAUUACCCUCCGUUCUUUGUGGGACUGGGGAGAGCAAUUUUUAGAGAAGGACAUUGCUUUGUUCCGUAGCCCACUAUACCAUCCAUCUAAAUCAGAGGCAGUGCUCAAUGUACUGUGUUCCCUACCAAAUCUUGCCUUGUGGUCCCAAUGUUUCUUCAGAUGGAUUCCAAUUCUUGAACUUAAGGCUGGUGGAUAUCCCCAAAUUGACCUCGGUGUACGAGCACUUCAUGCUCAGAUCGACUAUCUUAGAGAGCAACUAGCUGAAGCCAAGGCAGGAGAGAGGACAAGCAAUCACCGGCUCUGUGCAAAACUCUCCAAGCAACGUGUUACUUCUUUUUUUCCAUUCAGUGCUACUAUUGAUCCUGUGAUUAGUCCAGCCUUACUAAAUAGUACCUUAGCUCUGAAUAACAGCUUUGUUUCCAAUGAAGCCUUAUUGGAUUCACAGUCUUUGCUGAAUGCACCUGACUGACAAACGAUCUCCAUCCAGUGUUUUUUUAUUAUUAUUACUUUUAUUGACACGUUUUCUCCUCACAUAUUUUCUAUAAUGCAUCAAAUUUUUUGUAAAAUUUCAUAGUGACUGUUAUUUGAACUACUGCCUUAUAAUAAAUGUUAGCUAGCAUGAAAUGUCAGUUUCAUCUAUUUUAGCUGUCGUGCUUCAAGCUGUGAUAAUGUUAUGUCCUGUGCAGCUUUCAAUCUUUAGAGUAGUACCAAUAUUCUUAUAAAUUUUUUCAGCUUUCCUGAAUAUUACUGUUUAUAUGUUGUUAAUUUUAGUGAUUAAGUGAAGUAAUGUGCUCUCAACAUAUCACAUGUUGUAGAACUGUUCUCGUUUUGUUAUAAAGUAUGAAUGCUCAGCAUUCCUCAUGACUAAUAUGGUAGAAAACUGCACGACAAAAGAUAGUUUUGUUAUCUGUAUAUCACUAACACUCAUCCUUUCAGAGGAAAACUUCUAUGUAAGCCGUGGUUUGUAAUCUCAGUGUGUAAUUUUUUUCCUCUUGUUUACCUUGUUACAUGUCUGAUCCAUUCGCUAUUUACUUUUAGUAUUUAGGGUAGUCCAUUGCACAGGCGUUGUGAAAAGUAGUUUGUAUGUACAGAUCUCAUCUUCAUGUCCCCUUUGUGUCCCAGUUGGCGAUAAAUGUUAAAAUUCAAGCAAGUUCUAUUUGUGCUAUUUUUGUUUUACCAAAGUGAAAGUUAUCUUUAAUGACCUUCAGAUCAAAACUCCUAAAAUAUGUUUGUGAAUUUGUUAUGGUGUAAAGUAAGACAAUGAAUGACGUUGUACUAACUCUUUUAUUAAGGUAUAAGCCUUUAUCUCUACCUUAAUGUAAAAGACAUCUAUGUAUGUUCCUGGCCAGAAAUUUGACAGCAAUUUAGUCACAUUUAAUUGAAUCAUUUGGACUUGCACAUCUUGUGUGUGAAUCUUAUUGUAACAGAUAUGUGUAAUGCACUGAGCUUACAGUAAGUAAGGCACAUUGGAAGGUAAGGCAUAUUGAAAGCUAAAUUCAAUUGUGUUUGUCAAUGAAAACCAUUUUAUUCUGACUUAUAAAUCAAAGUAGUAAUAUUUAUGUCAUGAUGUUUCCUUCCUCUAUUCUCUAUCUAAUUAAAAAAGCAGGAAUUAUUUGUCUUUACAAUACUUUUGUAUCAAUAGCUCUAUCCCUACUUUGCAAGUCUUACCAAACUACAUUUAUAGUCUCUGCCAUUUUUUUUGUAGUGUAGUUGACCACUGUUUACAGAGACUUAAAAGUUGAAGUGGUUUUCAACUUUGCAUUAAACUAGUCAAAUCAAUGUAGGCAGUUAUUCUGCAUCUACCCAAACUGAUUAUUAAAAUGAUAAAGGGAUUAUUGUACUGUAUCAAUUGUAAAGUUGUGAGAUAAAAUUGUUGAGUCUCAAAAGUUGAGACAUGAGAAGGAUGUUCAAAUGUACUGGGUGGUAUCGAACUGUCAAUCAUCUGCGAGAAAGCAAUUAACAUGUAUAAAAGGUAUAUCCCAUGAAUCAUUCCAAGUUUGUUGUUGUUUUUCUUAAUUGAUGCCAAAAAUAUUUUUCAAGAUUCAUACUACAAUUAUGACGUGACUGGCAUAUCAGAGUGCAAGUGAUAGAUACAUUUAUAUCAUAUAUAUUGUAGUAGAAAUGGAGUCAGUAUUUUCUUAUACUUUGUAUUAGGUAAUGGUAUUACAAGCAAAUAAAUUGAAUAUUUUAUUAAAGUGAAUUCUUAUAAAUGUAGUAGAAAACAAUAAAUAAAAAGAUGUUAAUAUCCCUA